AUGCGAAUCCUUCUGCCGGUGCUUCUUGCUCUCGCAAGUUGCAAUAUUGCCCAGGGGGAUCAACAUCACCAUGGUCAUCAACAUCACCACGAGAAACGCAAGAGCGCGAGUGCGGUGCCACAUUUCACUCCAGUGCCUCAAUUGCCAAAGAACUCGUCGUCAGCUCUACCGCCUCUCUAUCAGCCGUAUUCGAAGAACAGACCCAAGUUCGAGAAUGAAGCUCUGGUCCGACAUCUGUCUCAACAUCCGCGGGAAAGACUUGAUAACCUUGAUGCCGGUCCAGGCUUUGGCUCCAGCUCCCUACGCAAGAGAGACCUGCCUGUAGGUAGUUGUGCGCCUGGAGUGCCAUGCACAAAUGGAGCAUGUUGUUCCAAGACCGGCGUUUGUUCAUAUGCGCCCUCGAGUUGUGGGGCGGACGUCUGCAUCUCCAACUGCGACGCGAAGGCUCCUUGUGGCCAAUACGCCAACCCAGAUAACGCAACAUGCCCUCUCAACGUAUGUUGUUCACAAUAUGGAUUCUGCGGCAGUACGGAUGACUUCUGUGGCACUGGUUGCCAGGAGGGAUUUGGCGGCUGUGGACCAGCCCCGACUCCUUCUUGCUCUAGUGGUAGUAACUCUGCUUCUGCACGACGCAUCGGGUACUACGAGAGCUGGGCAACCCAGCGGCCUUGUGAUGUGGUUACACCUGAAGACCUCAAGCUGACGGGUCUGACGCACCUCAAUUUCGCCUUCUCUUUCUUCGAUCCCUCUACCUUCCAGAUCUCACCCAUGGACUCAAAUGCGGCUUCCCUUUACACACGCUUCACGGCACUGAAGAGAAAACAGCCAGGUCUGCAGACCUGGCUGUCAGUUGGCGGCUGGUCUUUCAAUGAUGCCACGAAUACGCCUGACACGCAGCAUGCGUUCAGUAACAUGGUCGGCUCCGCGGCAAAUCGUCAAGCCUUCAUUAGUUCUCUGCGCAAUUUCAUGCAGACAUACGGCUUUGAUGGCGUGGAUAUCGACUGGGAAUACCCUGCCGCCAGCGAUCGAGGCGGUGUUGCAGCUGACUUUUCCAACUUCUCAAUCUUUCUUGCCGAGUUGAGGGCCUCGUUCGGGAGCGGACUAGGAAUCAGUGCUACACUUCCGUCUUCAUACUGGUACCUUCAGCAUUUUGACGUUCUCAACAUGGAGCCAAGCGUCGACUGGUUCAACUUUAUGAGCUACGACAUUCAUGGUGUCUGGGACUCGCGCAACAAGUUCACCGGUCCUUAUAUCCGCCCCCACACGAAUCUUACUGAGAUCAGCGACGGCCUUUCCCUGCUGUGGAGGGCGGGAGUCUCUCCCUCCAAGGUCAUGCUUGGGCUAGGCUGGUACGGCCGUUCUUUUACGCUCGCGGAUCCGUCUUGCACCACGCCGAACGGCGCAUGUCAGUUCACCACCGGCGGUACCGCGGGACAGUGCACAAAAUCAUCCGGAACCCUUUCCAACGCCGAGAUUAAACGGAUUCUAGCGACCGGCAAGGGAACUGAGUCUUAUGAUGCCACUGCAGGCGUCCGCUGGCUCACCUUCGAUUCAAACCAGUGGGUGAGCUUCGACGAUGGAGUCACAAUGCAGCAGAAGAUUUCCUUCGCCAACAGCCUGUGCCUUGGGGGUACUUUGAUUUGGUCAAUCGAUCAAGACAACACCGCCGGCGAUAGUAUGAAUGACUUGAUGGGCAUCGGUACGGCAAACGGGGUGUCGGAGGCAGCUGCCGCUUCCUUCAAGGAGCAGAUGGCCAAUGCGACGCUCCAGGACGCUGUUGCGUCGAGCUGCUACUGGUCACUAUGUGGAGGGACCUGUACGGCCGGAUAUUUUGAUGUGACUGAGGCACGCGGCCAAAUUGCCGGCUUCCAACAGAACUCGGUCUGCGCUCCAGGCGAGCUUCAAAAGCUAUGUUGCGCUCCAGGAACCACGAUGGGCACCUGUCAAUGGGAGGGUUUCAGGGGUGUGGGCAUGCCCUGUUCACCGGCAUGCUCCGACCCCGACGCCACCAUUGUUGCACGUAAUACCAACUCGUACCAGUCGAAUGACGGGGGACAGAUUGAGGACCUGACCUGCACCGGUGGCUUCCAAGCAUAUUGCUGCAAGGGAUUUGUCCCUUCAUCCAUCACCAAUUCAGGUAAUCUCUUGCUGUACACGGACACCUCUAUGCUUUCCAAACGAGACGGUUCAACCAAUGGUCUUAGUCUCUACACGGGCGCCCACGGUGUUGAAAAGCGUAGUUUUGCUAUGCCCUUGCUGGCCAGCGAGUUGGGGGUUCUCUGUGUCGCUGACCUCGCACCAUCACUUCUUUCGGCAUCGUUCACUUUCGGCCUGUCUCUUGCUGCGGAGGGGGCAAUAUGCGCUGCGGCCACCGGUGCCCUCCUCUCCGGUGUGGCCGUCCUCGGCUGGAAAAUCUUUGACAGCAUAACUGGAUGGCUCUUUGGUGGUUCUCCAUCCAAACCAAACGUUGGAGUCCCAACAACGGUGGCGGGCCGGUCUUCAUACGGCCAGUGGCCGCUGCUCGACUUCAGCGGUGGCACCACGACGAGUACCUGCGACUGCGCGGUCACAUAUACAUGUCGAUAUGGCAUGGGCUGGGAUGAAGUCUGUGAUAACCAAAGGUGGGCCAUCGACAAGCUGCUCAAUGGAAAGACUGUCUAUCAGCCGUUGGCAGCCGGCCGCGCUCCUGGUGCCAAUCAGGCGCUAUGGAAAGGUCAGCGCCACCCGGGAUACCGAACCGCGGCCCAAGUCAAGAUCCCGGGCAAGAGAUACAGAUGUGAAGUGGACGAGUUUCCUAUGGGCAACCUCAUGGAAUCAGGAGGUGGCUCCCCGCAGGCGUGCCGUCUCGUCAACGGCGCUGCGAAUGGGAAACAGGGAUCAGAUUGGAAUAUGUGGAAGUUGGCACAGUGGAAGCCUUGCUCGGCGUACCGCUCUGGGGUGUGUGGUAUCAGAGAUAAUGGACCGCCUGCGACUUGGGCGUUUGGGAAGCUACCUGCGGGUCGCGGUAAAGGGAGUGGUCAACACUUCAUCGAUGCUUAUGGCUUUGAUGAGCAGACGGCCGGCUCGUCUUGCUGGGCUACCUACACAUGGACCCGUGUCCCUGGAAGUAUCGAAACCUCUACGCCUGUUGACCAUGGCUUCCGCGUUCUUGAUGAUGAUCCCAUGUAUGGUCGCGCCUUUGGAUGGGGUCGACAGUCCUGGCAUGAGGAUCCAGCCCCGAUGACGAUGUCUAAUCGACCUUAUAAUUACCAACCGGUGGUCAACCAAAAAAGAGGCCCCUUGGGCAACGACACGUGGGACGAGCAGGACAGCGACCUAGCCGGUGUCUGCCACGCAGACUUCGGAUCACUCGAAUCUAGCAAACAGGAUGCUCAUCGUGAUCUUAACUACGACGAUCUCCUCUUUGUCGACUUGGAAGGUAACCCUGUGGACGGUCGAACCUGCAAUAUCAUCUACGAGGAUAGCGACCCGCACUCUGAAGUACGUCUCAUGCUUGACGAGGAGGGUAAUGUCGUGGAAGUUUAUGUGGGUGACUCGGAGGCCGGCUUGUGGACAAGACAGGCGGUCAAAAGCUCCCAUCCUGAUGCUGUGACUGUUGAACCCUCCACCGUCACUGUCACGACGGGCGUUGCGGCGGGCAGCGAGUCUCGCCCCACGAUGGUAUUCCCUACCAGUACGAUUGGCCACCAAACGGGGUCUGGCAGCAUAGUGACACCGGCGCCGUAUGCUGAUGGUCUUUGA